CGAUGCACUCUGGUGAACUGUAGUUGUCUGUGUUUCAAACCUGGAAAAAUAAACCGACGACAAUGUGACCAGUGUCGACAUGGAUGGGUAGCACAUGCCCUGAGCAAAUUAAGGAUCCCCAACCUGUAUCCAACAAGCCAGGUAGAGAUAGUACAAUCCAAUGUGGUCUUCGAUAUCAGUAGCCUCAUGCUGUAUGGAACCAAAGCCAUUCCUGUCCGCCUUAAAAUCCUGCUAGAUCGUCUUUUCAGUGUCCUGAAGCAAGAAGAGGUAAUACAGAUUCUCCAUGCACUGGAUUGGACACUGCAGGAUUAUAUACGUGGAUAUGUGCUACAGGAUGUUUCAGGAAAGGUGCUGGAUCACUGGAGCAUAAUGACCAGUGAAGAAGAACUGGCUACUUUGCAGCAGUUUCUUCGCUUUGGAGAAACUAAAUCCAUUGUAGAGCUAAUGGCAAUUCAAGAGAAAGAAGGGCAGUCAAUUAUAAUACCUACAACAACGACUAAUUUAGAUAUUAGGGCAUUUAUAGAAAGUUGCAAUCAAAGAGGUCCUAGUAUUUCUUCUUCCAUGGACAAAAUGAGCCCUGCCAACAUUCAUCACUUUGAGAACAUUGUAAAUAACAUGGCUUUCAUGCUGCCUUUUCAGUUUUUCAGUCCAGUGCCUCCACCUUUGAUAGGUUCACCACCAGAAAGACAUUUGCUUGAGCAAGGUCAAGACCGCAGCAAUGAAACUAAACAAGAUGUUCAGAUACCAUUUUCUGAAAGCAGCUUCUUAAUUUCCAGUUCUACUUUAUUUCAAGUUGAAAACGAGAGGAGCAUAAACAGCCCAGAUGCCACUACUAACACAGAAGAUGAUGCCCCUUUAAGUGAUUCUAGCUCACAUAAUACAAUAACAAAGCUUGAAAGGACAGAGUUAUCUCCAGAAAAUAAAAUGAAAUCUACUGAAAAAAAUGGCAUUGGGCCUAGAAAAGGACGAGUUUUCUGCACUGCCUGCGAAAAGACAUUUUAUGACAAAGGAACUCUGAAGAUCCACUAUAAUGCUGUUCAUCUGAAGAUCAAACACAAAUGCACAAUUGAAGGCUGCAAUAUGGUGUUUAGUUCUUUGCGAAGUCGAAAUCGUCAUAGCGCAAACCCCAACCCAAGACUCCAUAUGCCAAUGAACAGAAACAACAGAGAUAAAGACCUGAGGAACAGUUUGACUAUCGCUGGACCUGAAGAAACUAGAAGGACGGACUUUACCAUUUUAACCCCAGAUAGCAGACCUAUUAUCAGCUAUGUCAGCCAUUGCACAGAUUCAAAGGUGCAAUCCAGUUUUCCCAGUAUUGGACAGAACGGUGUUCUCUUUCCAAACUUAAAGACAGUUCAGCCAGUUCUUCCUUUUUAUCGCAGUCCAGUUACGCCAGCUGAGCUUGCCAAUACCCCAGGCAUACUCCCUUCUCUACCUCUCAUUUCUUCAUCAAUACCUGAGCAGCUGGUUGCUAAAGGAUUGCCAUUUGAUGCACUACCCAAGAAAAAAUCCCGUAAAUCGAGCAUGCCCAUCAAAAUAGAGAAAGAAGCUGUUGAGACAGCUAAUGAAAACAGCAACCUUGCCAGCUCAGAAGAUGAUACACCUCUGCAGGUGGUAAGUGAUGGAGAACUGGAGACCUGUGAGCAUAGGAUUGAAAAGCAGAUGAGUGGCAGGGUGGAAAAGCACCCCAUUUCAGGUAAUUCAUGGAAAUCUCUCUCUGGGGUAGAGGGCCCAAAAUAUUUUGAUUCUGUCAUUGAGCCAAAUAACAAAUACAUCAAGGAAACCUCUGAGAAUGAAUUGGAUAACUCUAAGAGAGAGGUUACGCCAGAAGAAAACCAAGCAUUAAAAAUAGCUUCUCAUGAAAUGGUGUCUGAAGAUCCAGAACAAUACCACAGUGAUCAGUCAAAGCACCGGAUUCCUAAUAAUGAUUGCACUGAAUUGCCCCACCACUUGCUAACUGGGGGCCUUUUCAGUGCUUUGUCAAACAGGGGUGCUGCUAUUCCUUGUUUAGAAGAUUCUAAAGAUAUGGAUCAUAUCAGUCAACAUACACUAGGGAUUCAGAAGGCAGAAAGCCGCUUUCAUUGUGACAUCUGUAAGAAGACAUUUAAAAACCCUUACAGUGUAAAAAUGCAUUAUAAAAAUGUACAUCUGAAAGAAAUGCAUAUUUGCACAGUUGAGGGUUGUAAUGCUGCUUUCCCUUCUCGUAGAAGUCGAGACAGACAUAGUUCAAAUUUAAAUCUUCAUCAUAAGCUUCUGACCAAAGAUACAGUGGAAUUUAAGGACAACUAUUUCAAUGCAACAUACCUCUUGAAAGACAUGGCUAAGGAGGUUUGUCAAGAUAUUUCUUUAAAACAACAUGUUGGACAGACUUCUGUAAUCUUCAAAGGAAUGAACAGAACAGGCAGCUUGGUUUUUCCACUGAGCAAAAUCAGAGAACCUUGUUCUGAGAAUUAUGGAUAUGAUCCAAUGAAUGAUGGUGCUGUUCUGGAUUUAAGCACUACUUCCAGCAUUAAGUCUGAGAGCAGUGCACAUACCUCUUGGGAUUCUGAUGGAGGAAGCGAAGAAUGCAUCAUGCCUUUGGAUGAUAGCGAUGAAAGUUGUGAAGGGCCAAGCUUAAUACCCAAUGAAGAACUCUACCCGGACUGUAGUGUAAUUGAGAAGGCUAAUCAAAGCUUUACAAAUUUACCUUCCAGUUUGCCAAUAACUUGUCAUAUAUGCCAAAAAAAUUACAGUAAUAAAGGAACCUUCAGGGCCCAUUACAAAACUGUGCAUCUCCGCCAGCUCCACAAAUGUAAAGUCCCAGGUUGCAACACAAUGUUUUCAUCUGUCCGCAGUCGAAACAGGCAUAGUCAGAAUCCCAACUUGCACAGAAGUCUGACCAGAUCACCAAAUAGCCUCCAGUAA